AUGUCAAUGCCAAUUGAAAUCAGCUUCAACAACCUCCCCUCCUCCAUUGACUUCAUUACCAGUCCCAAUCAGAAAAGGCAACUUGAUGCAUCAUUCCGACCCGGUCCCUACACUGUUAUCUGUGCUCGAGGACGACGAGCAUUCAACCACGAAGGAAACCAAAGAUUCCGCGCCCUUGCCAAACUCCAUCAGAAGACAUAUGCUUCGGCAACUUGCAAGUACCAAAAGAGCAAAAUUGUUUCUCAUAUCGUGAACACGGUCCGACACCUCAGCCCUCAGGGAGGCUUUGUGAAGCAGAUCAAGGGUGUCUACUAUGAAAUCGGGGACCGUCAAGCCAAGGAAAAGGUCGGACAAACUUUCCGAGAUCUCCUCCACGAAAUUUACCCAAGCAGUACCAAGGCCAAGGCCCGAGCUCGCAUCCAGCAGCAAAUCGUGGAGUACCAAACCGAGACAUUCGUCUCUGCCUCUGCAUGUUCGACGCAGCUUCUCAGUGCAGAUAGCCAAAAGAGCUAUGACAGCAGCGAUUCAUCGCAAAGUACCCGCUCUCAGGAAUCAACCGAGGGCAAGUUUCUUCCUUGUUGUACCAUGGUCAAGGAAUUCAACUGGGCAUCGACCAUCGACACAACCACCACGGAACAACCUGAGCGAAAUCACAAACGUUACUCAUUGACAAUGACAUUUUCCGAGAAGCGAUGUUCUGUGACAGGUGCUUCAGUGUGCGGCAAACGUUGCUCAUUGCUGACAGCAGCUCUCUUUGACAUUGAUGCUGUCAACACCUUUGAUGAAGAAGAUGUUCCUGAGACGCUCACUUUUUCUACCAUUGACACCGAGCCUCUUUCUUUGGACGAUGAUUCCAUUGGAAGCAUUGACUUCAAUGAUACGGAUGACUUGAGCUGCUGCGAAGAAUUCGGGGUAGCAUUUGCAGACGAUUUGAAUCAUUUUUGUGAAAAGAUGAACUUCGCUUGGUAG